AAACAAUCAAAGUCCUAAGCUAAUAACAGACCAUGAUACGCGAUGACUAAGAACAUAAAGGAGUCACUGACUCACCCAAGGCCACUGAAAAAGAGGAACUUUUAAAACGGCCAGUAAUUAAAUAUAAUAUAUAUAAGACCCUCUCGCUCAGAGAGAGAGUCCGGCUCCUCUCGGUGCUGUAUCGGAAGCGGUGGGGGGUUUCUCGUCCCUUUCUGUAGAAUCAAUCUAAAUGUUGGUGAAGCACUGCGUCAUCUCCGCCUUAACACGAUCGACUUCUCAUUCACCUUCUUCUUCGUCUUCUACUGUGCUCAGAAGGCAACAGUUCUUGGUACGAACGCUUUGUGCCUCAAGAACCCAUCUCCCAAAGCUCAUCAAAGCAAUGAGUUCGACUUCGGAGGCCGACGCCGAGAGUGUUCUAAGAACUGUCACGCCAUCGCUCGACCCCGAACGACACAAAGGCCAAGCUGGGAAGAUAGCUGUGAUUGGAGGAUGUCGUGAAUACACUGGAGCUCCUUACUUCGCCGCCAUCUCAGCUCUCAAAAUCGGUGCUGCUUUGUCUCAUGUGUUCUGUACCAAAGACGCAGCUCCUGUUAUUAAGAGCUAUAGUCCUGAGCUUAUUGUUCACCCUGUUCUUGAGGAAUCUUACACCAUCAGUGAGGAAGAGAAAAGAAAAGUUCAGGAUGAAGUGAUAGGAGAAGUGGAUAAAUGGAUGGAAAGAUUCGAUUGCCUUGUGAUUGGUCCUGGUUUGGGAAGAGAUCCAUUCCUCCUGGUACAAGAUUUCUCUCAUCACAUUUACGUAAUUUGAUUCUUCAAUGCUCUGGUUUGUUGGCUUGACGACUCUGUAUCUCCAGGAGUGUGUGAGUAAGAUCAUGCUUCUUGCCAAGAAGUUCAAUGUUCCUUUUGUUGUCGAUGGGGACGGGCUGUUUCUCGUAACGAAUUCAAUUGAUCUUGUCAAGAGCUAUCCGCUUGCUGUCUUAACUCCAAACGUGAUCGAGUAUAAGCGCCUGGUUCAGAAAGUGCUGAACUGUGAAGUGGACGAAGGGAAGGCUGAAGAUCAGCUACGUUCUUUGGCCA